CUCUUUCCCACCUCUUGUCUCUGUCUCUCUCUCUCUCUCUCUCUCGUUCUCUCUGCAUCUUAUCCACCCCCCUUUUUCUGCUUUCAUUCAGAUUAUUUACCCAUCUCCUCCUCACUCCCUCUGCCGUGUCUUUCUCCUCCCUCUCUCUUCCUUGUCGCUGCCGCUCUAGCCGCCUCACCCUACAUCCCUCCCUUUUCUACCAACGCUCCCUCCCGCCUCCUCCUCCUCCUUUUGGAGAUCUUCAAAGCUGUCCAGCACACACUCGCACAUAGCAAAACACACUCCUCUCCUGCGUGGGAAAAACAUGUCAGCUAUUCUGGACCUGGACCAGAUUGCAUGCUCUGGGAAUGGAGUGGAGCAUGACAUUGAGACUCCCCAUGGCGUUCUCCAUGUGACCAUGAGAGGCGUUCCCAAGGGCAACAGACCCGUCAUCCUCACUUAUCACGACAUCGGCCUCAACCACAAGUCGUGCUUCAACACCCUGUUCAACUAUGAGGACAUGCAGGAGAUCACGCAGCACUUUGCAGUGGUUCACGUGGACGCGCCCGGCCAGCAGGAGGGUGCACCUCCCUUCCCCAGCGGCUACCGCUACCCGACCAUGGACGAGUUGGCUGAAAUGCUGCCCUCUGUGAUGACUCAGCUCAAGGUCAACAGCGUGAUCGGCAUCGGUGUGGGAGCAGGAGCGUACAUCCUUACCCGCUUUGCACUGAAUAACCCCACCCUGGUGGAGGGGCUGGUUCUCAUCAAUAUCGACCCAUGUGCCGAAGGCUGGAUCGACUGGGCAGCUUCAAAGCUGUCUGGAUGGACCAGUAACUUGGUGGAUAUCGUCAUGUCUCACCACUUCAGCACUGAUGAGCUGACAGAGAACCAGGAGCUGAUCCAGACCUACCGUCUCCACAUCGCCCAAGACAUCAACCAGGACAACUUGGCCCUCUUCUGUGGCUCCUAUCAAUACCGUCAGGAACUGGACAUCGAGCGGCCAAUCGUAGGCCUGAAUGAGGACACCGUCAACACACUAACAUGCCCUGCGUUGCUGGUGGUUGGUGACACAUCACCUGCUGUGGAGGCUGUGGUGGAAUGCAAUUCCAGGUUAAAUCCAACCAAGACCACACUGCUAAAGAUGGCUGAUUGUGGAGGCUUGCCCCAGGUUGUGCAGCCGGGGAAACUUGCUGAGGCCUUCAAGUACUUUGUUCAGGGCAUGGGCUACAUUCCCUACGUUCUUCUCAGUCAUCUGAGCAACGAAUCAGUGCCGUCAGCAGGAAUGACUCGUCUGGCUCGCUCUCGCACCACCUCCUCUUCCAGCAUCACCUCCAUGGACAGCAGUCGCAGCCGCACCAACCUCAACAGCCUGCUGGAGGGCAGCGCCACCGGGGCCCUGGACAGCCAGGCCAGACCCCAGACCAUGGAGGUUUCCUGCUAAACCCACCUCCCCACCUCCCCUGCCCCACCCCCACCCCACUGCACCCCUGCACCCUCCCCAUAGUAACUUAUGUGCCCUCUCCCUUCUCUCUUUCUCUCUCUUCCUGCUCCUAAGCAACUCAAAGCCAGGAGGGAUCUGUAAUGAACUAUGUGAUUAGAAAAGAGGAUGUAAUAAAUAUAUUAACAGAUGCAUAUUGUUAAAUAUUAUAUUGAAUACACUGUCAAAGUCACAUUCCUAUCAGAAACCAUAACUACAUUCAGAUGUGUUGUAUAUUCAGAUGCUCAAAUCGUGAUCAACUCAACUGUCCAACCUCACCUCCCUUGUAUUUAUUUUUUUUUCACCACGUCUUUGUUUUAAAUGUCUUCACACACAGUGGAAAUCCUCCAUGUGCUCUAAAUAACUUGUAGAUUUUCUUUUCUUUUUUUAUCAUUGCACGGUACAACACCUUCGCUAUUUUAACUCUACUCUUCUGUUGUGAACUCUAAACAUGGGCUACAUUGAUUGUGAGUCACUGUAUCUUUGUGUGUUUUUAAACCCGCUGCAAUGCGUUAUAGAGGGAUCACUAUUGUAACUGCAGAAACAGGAUUACAGCCUGUAUUUAAAACGAUGACGCCAGGUAAAACUGUGCAGUCGAUACAUGCAAGAACCAUCACAUACUGUAAUCAAAACUCUGGAGAGAGCUGCUUUUAAACAUUAUAAAACGACAUUCAAUGUUAAAGGAAACCUGUACCAGUUUGUCGACUUCACAUUAUUCUCAUUUCUUUUGGAUUCUUUUUGUAAUUGAGCUCAUCGCCUCCUUUUUCUUUCUGCUUUGUGUUGAUGUUUUUUGUUCAGUUGAAUAGAUUUUAGUGAUGUUUUAGCAACCUUUAACAUGUGGGUUCUGGUGUGACAAGUAUGAAUCCCUUCACUUACCGGCCCAGUGGUGCUUCUCACUGUCUGCUGAUUCAUUUUUCAACUCAUUUAUAUUACUACUGAAUAAAGCUACAUGAGAACA